UAUUCUAAGCAAUGAGAAAGAAGCAAAGGAGCUGGAUUGGGAUAAGAGGGCGAAAGUUGUUAAAGGUGUAGCAAAUGCUUUAUUAUACUUGCAUCAUGAUUGCGUGCCUCCAAUAAUUCAUCGAGACAUAUCAAGUAAGAAUGUUUUAUUGAACUCAGAACUCGAGGCUCGUGUCUCAGAUUUUGGCACUGCAAGGUUUCUGAAGCCCAAUUCUUCGAAUUGGACUUCAAUCGCAGGCACAUACGGAUACAUUGCACCAGAGUUAUCAUAUACAAUGGAAGUAACAGAAAAAUGUGAUGUGUAUAGCUUUGGGGUUUUGGCACUAGAAGUUUUGAUGGGAUCGCAUCCGGGAACUCUCAUUUCAAAUCUAACCUCACUGGUGGAUCAAAAAAUACAACUUAAAGAUGUGUUAGAUCCUCGUCUUUCACCUCCUACAACUCAAAAGAUUGCAGAUGAACUAACUUCUAUUGUAAACCUAGCACUAUGGUGCUUACAUGUUGAUCCUCAAUCUCGGCCUACCAUGCAUGUUGCAUCCGAGUUGCUCCAAAUGCAAGCCGGUGAUGACUAGAUUUCUAUGUGCAGAUACAUGAAGUACAUAUUUGCAUAUAGGUUAAAUGUACUGUUGGUUUCUAAAGUAUGCGCUAUGUUUCAUUUUAAGCCCAAU